GGCGGCUUACACAUCACCAUUCACCAAGACAACAGGGAGACAUUGAUCACCACGAAUCAGCCAAGUACAAUUCACAGCAAUGGAAGCUCUCGCCGUCGUGGUUGUGUCUGUUGCCGUUCUCGCGCACGCAACAGUCACCGGCGCAGCUUCGGCGCCAUUGGCGACGCCGACGACGACAACCAAGGGCCCGGUGAUCUAUAUUUUCGGCGACUCGAUGUCGGACGUGGGGAACAACAACUACCUCCUCCUCUCCAUCGCCAAGUGCAACUACCCCUGGUACGGCAUUGACUACAAGAACGGCUACCCCACCGGGAGGUUCACCAAUGGCAGGACCAUCGGUGACAUCAUGGCCGCCAAGUUUGGCGUCCCGCCGCCGGUGCCGUUCCUCUCCCUGUAUAUGACCGACGACGAGGUCCUCGGUGGUGUCAACUUUGCGUCCGGCGGCGCCGGAAUCCUCAACGAGACCGGCAUUUACUUCGUUCAGUACCUGUCGUUCGACAACCAGAUAUCGUCCUUCGAGCAGAUCAAGAACGCGAUGAUCGCCAAGAUCGGCAAGAAGGCCGCCGAGGAGACUGUCAAUGGCGCAAUCUUCCAAAUCGGACUCGGGAGCAACGAUUACGUCAACAACUUCCUGCGGCCGUUCAUGGCUGACGGCAUCGUGUACACCCACGACGAGUUCAUCGGCCUCCUCAUGGAGACCAUGAACCGGCAGCUCACGAGGCUGUACGAUCUUGGCGCGCGCCAUAUCUGGUUCAGCGGGCUGGCGCCGCUCGGCUGCAUCCCAUCGCAGCGCGUCCUCUCGGACACCGGCAAAGACUGCCUCGACGACGUGAACUCGUACGCCGUCCAGUUCAACGCCGCGGCCAAGAACCUGAUCGAAGGGCUGAACGCCAAGCUGCCGGGCGCGCGCUUCUCGCUCGCCGACUGCUACUCCAUCGUCAUGGAGCUCAUCGACCGUCCCCAGAAAUACGGGUUCAAGACGUCGCACACGUCGUGCUGCGACGUGGACACGACGGUGGGGGGCCUGUGCCUGCCGACCGCGCAGCUCUGCGCCGACCGCAAGGCAUUCGUGUUCUGGGACGCGUACCACACCUCCGACGCCGCCAACCAGGUCAUCGCCGACCGCCUCUUCGACGACAUGGUCAGUGCCGGCUCCGUGGUGCCGGGCAACGGCACCUCCGGGCCCCGCGUCGUGGGCGCGAAGACGCCCAAGCCGUGAUCACCCGAGCCGAAGGACCGACCGUCCGACGUCGUUCGUGCUACGGUUUACGGCAUGGAAGCGCCUUUUCGUGUGGCAACUCCGACUCGUGUGUUCCAUUAGUCCCCUAGUGUUCCAAACGUUCAUGUACUCCGUGCAGUUAAGCAUCUGUGUUCGAUGAUCUAAACAAAGAAAAGAACAGAGUGAAAUCGCAGCGCCGAGAUUAUAGCACAUUUUCUGUGGCAAAAGCAUGAGACAAAGUUCUAAAGUUUCAGACAUCUACAUCUCCA